AUGGAAAGAGUUCGUUCUCGGUGUGGUUAUAUACAUGGGAUUGAAGUUGAUCCGGAGGGUACUAGAGGAGGGUUAUGUUUGGCAUGGAGAAACGAGAUUAGUGUCACGCUUCAAAGUUUUUCUAAAAGAUAUGUUGAUGUUAUGAUAGAUGAUAGUGAAGUGAGAGGCAAAUGGCGAUUUACAGGUUUUUAUGGAUCCCCUUAUACACAAGAUAGAGAUAAGUUUGGGGCUAUGUUGAGGAAUUUGUAUACUGAUAGAGGAGUUGCAAAUGGGGAAUGGUUGAAUCUAUUUGCGGAGGCUAGGAUCUCUUACCUUGUUCACUCUUUUUCUGAUCACUGCCCCCUUUUAAUUAAUACGGGGAAAGUUGACAAAUUGUUGAAUAAGAAACUAUUUAAGUUUGAAGCCUGGUGGAUUAUGGAGGAGUCAUUUGUACAAGAGGUCAAAAAUAUUUGGGAGUCGUCUUCAGGAAAUUUGUUGGAAAAAUUAGAUACUUUAAAAGAAAGCUUGGUGAGAUGGGCGGGCAGAAUUCGAAUUGCUAGACGGGGGCAUAAAGAUUUGCUUAUGGCAAAGCUCUCAGAAUUGGAAGAGGCUAAUCGAGACGAUGAUAACUUGGCAGAGAUGAUCGACAUAAAGAUUCAACUGAAUUUAGAAUUUGACAAAGAUGAACAUUAUUGGGAAUAG